AUGAAGAUGAUCAUUAUCUUUUGCAUCACCUUUACAUGUGGUUUUCUUGAAAAUGUUAUUUCAAAUGCCAAUCCUCUCCCGUAUGAAGCUAUAUUCAAUUUUGGUGAUUCUAUAAGUGACACUGGAAAUGCUGCUACUUACUAUCCAUCUGUGGAUGGCGAUAGCCCGUAUGGAUCAACAUACUUCAAACAUCCAUCUGGACGUAUGUCUAAUGGACGAUUAAUCAUAGAUUUUAUAGCUGAGGCAUAUGGCUUGCCAAUGUUACCAGCAUAUCUCAAUCUCACCAAAGGCACCCAAGACAUUAGACAAGGAGUAAAUUUUGCAUUUGCUGGUGCAACUGCACUUAAUAUGGACUAUUUCAUACAAAAGAGACUUAUUCCACCAUCGACGAACAUUUCGUUAAGUGUUCAACUUGAUUGGUUUAAGAAGCUAAAACCUUCCCUUUGCAAAAAUAAACAAGAGUGUGAUAACUACUUUAGACGAUCAUUAUUUCUCGUGGGAGAAAUCGGUGGAAAUGAUAUUAAUGCACUUAUCUUAUCAUACAAAAAUAUUGCAGAACUUCGUGAAAUAGUUCCACUAAUUAUUGAAGCAAUAAUCAAUGUCACUACUGAAUUAAUUGAAGAAGGAGCAGUAGAGAUAGUGGUGCCAGGAAACUUCCCAAUUGGAUGUAAUUCUGCUGUCUUAACAAUAGUGAACAGUGGUAAAAAAGAUGAAUAUGAUCAGUAUGGGUGCUUAGCAGCUUAUAAUGAUUUCAUUAAAUACUAUAAUUCGCGGCUCAAUCAAGCCAUAGAGAUACUAAGACAAAAAAACAACCAUGUUAAGAUAGUAUAUUUUGAUUAUUACGGUAAUGCCAAACGUUUAUUUGAAGCACCACAACAAUAUGGGUUUUCUUUUGGUAAGAUUGACACUUUUAAAGCAUGUUGUGGUAAAGGUGAACCCUACAAUGUUGAUAUACAUAUAUUUUGUGGAAGUUUUGCUUCAACGGUUUGCUCUGACCCUUCAAAACAUAUAAAUUGGGAUGGAGCACACUUAACUGAAGCAGCUUAUAGGCUAAUAGCAAAAGGAAUAGUUGAAGGCCCUUUUGCAAGUCCUUCUCUUAAAUCUCCUACUUUCAAGAUAGCUUAA